AUGGGCAAUAAGAGGCCAUUCGAUGUUCUAUAUAAAACAAUUGGUGAAUGCGCGAUCCCCCUUCAUAAGCCCCUCGGUGCAGGUGGCAAUCUGUCUAGCGCCAGUACCAGCAAUGGUAAGAAAAGCUCGAACUACAGGAAUGAAACUGAAAAUGCUCUCAACAACUUGACAGACAUCACAGCAAACCUCUGCAAAUUUAAGGGAUUCCUUCAGAUUCCCCUGGCUGAUGGUACAUACAACAGACGACCGUAUGAAGGAACUCUUAAAGCUCAUCAUCGUGGACAUUUCUCGGGUGGAACCGUUCGAGAGGACCUAAUCGAUAAGAACGCUCUUUCCAGGGUUGACACUGUAGGAUUUCAUAUCGAGGAUGCUUUCCCGGUCGGCUUGAAGCGGAUAAACAAAUCUAUCGGUUCGUUACGAGAAGACGAUGCGAAAGUGGGGGAGGGGCGAAACGACCUUGUAAUCGCUUUUCCCGUACAAGCAGCCGCCUCUGAUAAUGUUCUGGAGUUUACAGGGACCGCAGUAACAUCUUUGCUGAAGUUCAGUCUCCUUCAAGGAAAGACUGUUCUCGCCAGUCGACCUGGAAAUUCUAUCGAACAGCUUUCGGAGAUCUUCGAUGAAGGUGCUGAUCCAUUAAAAGGCUCCUCAUGGAUCUCAGGUACUGCGCAUCGUCCAAAAGAUGAAGUGAAUGAACAUGAUCCGGUUGAACUGGCAAAGGCACUCUUUCGUGUACUCGAUGAUCAAAUCGACGAAGAGUUCGAGAAAUUUAGCACAACACGCGACAUUCGAACAAUAAGACGAGGGCAGACCGUCAUUAGCAUGCUAUCCGAGAUUCCCGAAUCAUAA